AUGGGGAGUGAUCUUUCCAUUGUGUUACGCACAUGUGUUGCAGCACCCGACUGUACCAAAGAAGAAAACCAGUCGACCCCAGCAGCCGAUGGGGGAAGGGAUUCCGAAGAACUAAAAUGGUACACGGAGCUGCGGCUUGCGGACAGGAGUUCUCCCGAGGCACCGGAAUCCAUUCUGAGGUCUGAUUUUGGUGUUGAACCGGAGGUACUCAUUCCGGAGUGCACAUUAACUGCUCUAAGCGAACUUGACACGAGAGACCCCAAGGCAUUUUUACGUCUCAAGAAAGUUUUGUGUUGCCCAAAGUGUGCGGGUCGUGUUGGACUUGCGGUGGAUUCUUCUGCGUCCAUUGGCCGCCGUCUUCACGUUGCCGAACACCGUCGGGUAUUUACGCAAUGUCUUUCGGCACUUCUGUCCAAAUUGGUUCUUGCAAUGAAGGACAACGUGUCGGACGAGGGCAGAGAGGAUCAAUUGGCGAGGGUGAAGAGGGAAAGCACUCCGCUUGACGCUGAAUGUACGUUGCCAAUAGGGCGGUACGAACUCUUUCUGUUGGAUCUUCAGCAUUGUUUGUUGGACGACGCGAGUGGGCCGUGGAUUGUGCGUGACUUUCUGGAGCACGUGGGUAACUCGAGGCACCAGCAUUCAGCGGUGUCAUUGGUACACGAUGAACAGAGAUCGCGGUCAUCCUCAAUUAUGUCGUUUUGUUUGUCUCCCUCGGCACGUGAGAGGUUGAGCACUAACUACACAUCGCUUCAGUUUCUCAUGGCUGAAAACGAUAGCAACCCCCCCGUAUCACAGGCAGCGGAGGCCGCGGAACAAACCUUCUGUAAGUCGCUAUGUUAUAUAAGGCUCUCGGAAAACAACAUGUCACAAAUAGGCAUGCGCAAAUGUGUGGAGGAGCUCGUUGGUUGCAAAGACAAGGAAAAGAUGCGGUGCCUCAGAUCCCUGCGCCUGAUCGACGUUAGACAAAAUGAAGAAACGGUUGCGGCCCAGCGCGCUGUCGCGAACUUGUCAUCAACGUCCAACAUCCAUAUUUUAGUCGGUGACAGUGGCCUGCGGUGGCGCUAUCAGUCGGGUGUGCGCUACAGCGUUGGUCUCGCGAGCAGACUCGGACGCAGCUUAUCACAUACGACAGAUGUACAUAGAAGCAUGCUGAGUGAAGAGCGGUUGCGAGCCCCGUCGCAACUAACAAUGUCUAAUGCACGGUUUUCAAUACCGAUGGCAUCGCACAUUGGAUUUGAUCAACGAACGAGACAGUAUGAAGAUGAAGGAAGUGCAGUUCCUGUGGGUGUAGUGACCGACGUCCUACCAAACACACCGCUUGAGACGAGAUUAGCGGAGUUAGAGGAAGAUGUAGAGGAACCAUUUCCCAGGUCACUGCAUGGACAUAUUGAAGAUACUAGAGGAAAUGACAAUAGAUGUUUACACUCAUAUCAACAGGACAAACAACACCAAUCCAAGACCGCAUCGGCGGCACUCGCCACAGCUGUACCUGAGAACGAUGCAGAAUUUUUUCAAGAUUCCGAUGCUGCGGAUGCAUGUUCGGAAGGUGGAGCCAUGCUUCGAGAGCCCCAAACAUUCCUCGCGGCUCCGCACCCGGAGCUUCUGGCAGCAACUCAAAUGAAAAGAGAAAAACGCGGUCUAGCGGACGGUGGUCAAAGUUCCGUUGCCCCGCGUAUUUCUGCAAGGCGCACCAUCGCCACUCGUGACACGGCGAAUCAAAAUAAAGCACGUUUUUUGAGAACUGAUAAACCAACUGUAGGUCGUUCUACUUCCUCCAGAACCCCUACCAGCGAGCGGGCGACUGCACGCACGGCGAGACCUCAGCCUGAUUCAAAUCGUACAAACAAAACGAAAGGAGUUGCAACUGUUGCGGCUGGGGGCGGGUCUCUGAAACAUCUCAGCAGGGAGCCACCAAAGCGUGUAAAAUAA